CUAAUAAAAGUUAUGAUACAAAUACCUUAAGUUUGCUCGAAAAUAUUUAGAAUUCAAGUAACAUUCCAAAAAUGAACAACAAAGUGAAAUACAGUAUUUUCAUAAUUUCUUCUUUAAUUGUUAUAGGUAUCACAGCAGCUUUAGUUGCGAUUUCUGUCGAGGCUGAAUCUGUAGAUAGUGUAGAUGAUAAAGAAUCUAUUACAACAACCUAUAUUCCCGAUGACAACGUAGAAGAUUUAUCCGAACUUUUCGUUAUCGAUGGGCAUAAUGAUCUCCCUUACAAUCUUUACAACAAACUUGAAAACAAUUUGGAAACUUUCCGCUUCUCAGAAAAUUUAUCGGAUGAUCCCACUUGGGGAUCGUCGGCUUGUGCUUCUUGCUUCACCGAUCUUCCUCGUUUAAGAAAAGGUCAAGUUGGAGCUCAGUUUUGGGUGGCUUACGUUUCCUGUCAAGUACAAUACAAAGAUGCAUUGGGAAAAACUUUAGAACAAAUCGACGUUAUUAAAAGAUUAGUUAAGAGAUAUCCCGACGACAUGGAAUUUGUAACAACUUCCGAUGGAAUUCUAAAAGCCGUUGAGAAUGGAAAAAUUGCAAGUUUAAUCGGAGUCGAAGGCGGACAUUCCAUGGAUGCUCGUUUGAGUGCAUUGAGAAGUUUUUACGAUUUAGGUGUUAGAUAUAUGACCUUAACACAUUCCUGUAACACUCCAUGGGCCGACAAUUCGUACGUUGACGACGAUAAACCCAUGAUUGAUUUAACACCCUACGGCGAAAUUGUUGUCAAAGAAAUGAAUCGCUUAGGAAUGAUGGUUGAUUUAUCCCACGUUUCACACGGUGUUAUGAAUAAGGCGAUUGAAGUCAGUAGAGCACCGGUUAUUUUCUCUCAUUCUUCAUCUUGGUCAGUUUUUAAUCAUAACAGAAAUGUUCAUGAUGAUACUCUUUUACUUUUAAAAGAUAACAAAGGAAUUAUUAUGGUUAACUUUUAUAGCGGCUUUGUUCAUGGAAAACCAAGAGAAGCAACUAUUGACCAUGUAGCAAAUCAUAUUAAUCACAUUGUUGAUGUGAUUGGGCAUGAUUAUGUUGGGGUUGGAGGUGAUUACGAUGGAGUAUCUUUAAUGCCAACUGGUUUAGAAGAUGUUUCAAAAUAUCCAGAUUUAUUUAAAUACCUCCAAAACAAUAACCCUGAAAGAUGGACGAAUGAAAAUAUUAAGAAACUGUCGAGCGAUAACUUUUUGCGAGUUUUCAAAGAAGUUGAAAAGGUGAGGGAUGAAUUAAUUAAUGAAGAACCUCAUCAACAUUGGAUACCUGUGGAAGAUUUGGAUGCAGUUAAUGAUGACAUCUUAUGGAAAUGUCGUACUUUAACCAAUAAUGUUAGUCCCUCGAUGAUUGCAUAAAACAAUACAAACAUAUAUAAAACUGUUAAUAGUUUUUAAUUAAAUAAAAAUGUAAUCACUUAAGAAAAUGGA